GUUAGAUUGAUGGAGUUGUUGAGAAGCCCAACAAAAGAGCCCAAAUCCAAAUAAAUAACCGACCCAUCAACCAAUAAAACCCUAAAACCCUCUUUUCUUCCUUUCUUCUUUCUCCUUUCCGCUUCCGCCUCUACCACACCUAUUCCAGUGAAUACUUGAAAAGAUGGCUGAAGAGGAACAACCAAAGGAUCUUAACUAUAUUCCAGAGGUUAUAUUGAAGAAGAGGAAACACAGUGAAGCAUGGGCCCUGAGUAAAAAGGCGCAACUCCAGAAAAAAAGUUUCCAGCUCAGGAAGUCCAAGGACUUCAUAAAAAAGCCUGAGGAUUUCAUUUUUGAAUAUCGCAACAGGGAGAUUGACCUUAUUAGAAUGAAACGAAGGGUAAAGUGGAGACGGGGAGAUAAAUCGAAGCCAAGCAACAAGCCCAUAAUAGUCAUUCGUAUUCAGGGGAAACAAGACAUGCAUGCUACAACCAGAAAGCACUUAUUCAGUUUGGGAUUGAGAAGAAUAUUCAGUGCUGUCUUUGUGAAGCCAACUGAUGGAGUGAUGGCCAAGCUGGCGAGAGUUGAACCAUAUGUCACCUAUGGAUAUGCAAAUCUUAAAACCAUAAAGGAGCUGAUUUACAAGAAGGGACAUGCAAAAAUAGAUAAGCGAAAAGUUCCUUUGACAGACAAUAACCUUAUUGAGCAGGAAUUGGGAAAGUUUGGUGUUGUAUGCAUAGAAGACAUUGUGCAUCAAAUUGACAAUGUUGGUCCACACUUCAAGGAAGUUGUCCGAUUUAUGUGGCCCUUUGAACUGAACAAGCCAGCAGAUGGAUUAAAAGGAUUGAAAAACCGAUACAAGGAUGGUGGAGAUUCAGGGGACCGUGAGGAUCUCAUCAAUGAGCUCAUCAAUAAAAUGAAUUGAUGUAGGUCACAGCCACAAUAUACUAUCAAUACAAUCAUUGUGUUGAUGGUUUGUGGUGUCCUCACAUGAAUUUUGAUGUUUUGUCACAAAAAUAUACUGCCAUUUUCUGCUAAAGCUGAGUUGAAAUAUGUAAUAUCUUUGUGCCUUCAUUUAUUGCUUUUAGCUGUUUUUGUUUUCCUUUUUAUUUGGGUUAGUAUGUAGGGGGUUGACAAUGAGAGGAAGGAGGAAAGGAUUGGUCAAAUGUAUUUGAUGUACUUGAAACCAUGCUGUAGUUGCUUCCUUUUCAAUAUCUAAAACCAUGUUUAGGUCCUGAAAUGAAGUUUGCUUUUUAAAUUAAA